GUUUAGGCUUAAAAGUCGAAACAUACAAUGCACCGGCAAAUGUACAGUGCUUGGCAAGUUUGCGACUACUCUUUAACUGUUUGCCGGUACGCGCACCAGCUCAAGAAAGCAUUCAUUUUAAUAUUCUUGGAGACGAAAACACAAGUGCAGGCAGGCACGAUUUCACUGUGAGUUUAUUUUGUCCACUUACUGGGAACAAUCAUUACUAUACAGUCAAGGAGAUUAACUGGGCCAUUUGAUUCAUAAGGAAUCGGAGAAAACAUACAAAGAAUGCUCCAUCUUGAAUCAAACCUAAUCAUAGACAAAGGCAUGAAAACUUAUGAAUAUAUUUCAAUUUUUGGGCCCCAAAAAAAGAAAAGUACUCAGCAUACGUUGAAAAUACUGCAGUACAUAAAAUUUGCACAUUCACUUCAUUUAAUAAUGAAACACUUGAUAUUUGUUUUUCACUCUACAUCAUAGCAACGAUGAUCAUGUCGAACGAACUUUAAACUUCCGUAAUCUAUGUGGAACGUAUGAAUACCAUAAAAUCAAAGCACUUCUGACAUUCAUUGGAAUCUUUCGUACACAACACAAUUAAAGACACUGAUCGAUAUAAAAUUGUUUUAGACAUUGUACUUAUACUACAAGCAAAACAUAAAAUUAAAUGAAAAUAUAAAAAACAACAGACAGUAACUAUAAUCACAAUACUGUCUUGUGAUAACGUAAAUAGAUGCAAAUCGAUACUGUUUAUUGUUGCUAGGCAACGAGGAUUCUAGCCUUCGCCUGUCAAAAUCUUAGGACAAGCCUCGAAGUUGAUUUUCUUGAAAACACCACAUAAACUGUGAGGUCUAGAGGUAUCAAUGCUUUUACGCUAGCGUUAAAAAAAAAGACAUCGUGAAUAUAAUUAUAUCGCUCUAGCCCACUAACACUGGAACUGGCUACAUGAUCAUUGGGAAGGAGUUCAGAAAGAGUUUAAGGAGACCUAUGCCCUCUGUCCCCAAGAGGGCUACACCUCGAGUAGUACCGGCGUUUACCAUCCAGGCCUUACAGAAGGAUGUCACCAUCAUACCUCCACCAAAAGCAGGGGCCUUCGUGGAAAGACCACGAAAAGCACCAACACAGUUCAGACGGUUCUACAUACGAGGAGACUUCCCAAUAGGGACGGAGUUUGAUACUUACGGCAACAAGAUAGCAUGGAAGGUAGAAAUUGAGAAACUCGAUUAUCAUCAUUACCUUCCCAUGUUCUUUGAUGGCCUCUGCGAAACAGUACAUCCAUACAAGUUCUUUGCACAGCAAGGCAUCCUAGACAUGCUGCAGCAUGGUGGUCCCAAGAUUCUGCCUGUCAUUCCACAGCUCAUCAUUCCUAUCAAGAAUGCGCUCAACACCAGGAACCAGGAGAUAGUGUGUACAACACUCAAAGUAAUCCAAAGGCUGGUCAUAUCAACUGACAUGGUAGGCGAGGCCUUGGUGCCUUACUACCGCCAAAUUCUGCCCAUCUUCAACAUAUUCAAGAAUAAAAAUGUGAAUUUGGGUGACAGAAUCGAUUACACACAGAUGAAUCAGGAGAAUGUUGGUGACCUCAUUCAAGAAACACUGGAGAUAUUGGAACAGUAUGGUGGUGAGAAUGCUUUCAUCAAUAUCAAGUAUAUGGUUCCAACCUACGAGUCUUGCAUGCUCAACUGAUCAGUGCUGGUGCUCA